AUGGGGGAGGAGAGGUUCCCGUGGGCUGGGAAGAGGAAGCAGGAACUGGGCCGCGAAGGGCAGAAGCACCUGGAGGAGACCAUCGCUGCCGCGUUCCAGAUUCUCUCCUCCAUGAACGACGAGCUCUGCAACUCCGCCUUGUGGGCCACCCCUCCCGGCGGCGGCGCCGCCCAUGCUGGCGCCAAUGGCGACGCCUUCUCCGACCACACGGGCCACCACCCCGAAUCCGGCCCGCCCGGCGGCGGCGGGGGAGCCCUGGAUGACGCUCGCCUCCGCUACAAGUCCGCCAUCUCCUCUCUCCGGGCCGUCCUCGCUGCCAUACCCACUUCUCAGGUACGUGUUCCCUCUCUGCAAGUACGGUCUGAUCAUUAAUCAUUAUCCGCCGCCGAAGAUUUGGUUUCAGUCGAAAAAUAUUGACGUCGGUUUCUGAAACAUUCAGGAGGUUGCCUCGGUGGGGAACAACACAGCGGAAGCCAUGGCUGAUCAGGACGAGGUAGAACGACUGGAAGCGCGCGCUUCCGCGCUGAGGAAGGUAGGCAUAUAAUAAUAUCAUAGAGUAAGAUUGAACAAUCAUAUUUUCUCAGUUUUUUUCCUUUCAUAAAAAUCAGGAUAAUUUUAGUGUUAAUCUUUUGGAAAUUUUCUUUUCAUCUCCGAUUAUACUCUUGUAGCGCUUUGGAAUGAUAAUAAUUUAGAUAAAAGAAUAUAAUGGAUUGAACGAAGCCCAAAAUUUGACCCAAAAAAAUUGAAUUGUAUAUUUAAAUUUGUGAGCGUUAGGGAGAGCUUUGAAUAAGCAUGAAAAUGAGGAAAUAAGAAAAAAUAAUCCCCCUUUUUAUAUUAUCGGAUUGUGCUGCCCAGUGGGUUUCCUUAGAUUCUCCGGAAAUGCAGGAGCUUGCCGUCAAGAACAAGCAUGUGAAAGUCCUCAUCGAUCAGCUACGGGAGCUGAUCACCGACAUAUCGACCUGGCAGAGCCCCUGCGAGCUGUGA